AUGAAGAAAAAGUCUCCAGCUACAGCCGCUGGACCAAAGCCCGGCUACUUGGCCAAGGAAGAGAUCGAGUACGAGUUUGGUGGGCCGGUUGGUGCCUUGGGCAUGAUUGUCGGGUUCCCCUUGUUGAUGUGGUACAUGUGGCUCAGUGCCGAGUAUUUUCAAGGUAAGUUGGCAUGGCCGCAGCAGGACCAGUCGUGGGGGUAUUUUUUGAUCUUGUUGUGGGAGUUGUUCAAGAUGUACGGCUUGCCCACUUUGGCCACCUGGAUGUAUUUCACCCAGUUUAUAAUUGUCCAAGGGGUGUUCUACUUGACUUUGCCCGGGGUGUGGACUAAAGGGCAGCCGCUUGCACACCGCAACGGCGAAAAGUUGCCCUAUUUUUGCAAUGCGAUAUGGUCGUUUUACACUAGUGUGGCGGUGAUGUUGGCGUUGCAUUUUUCCGGGUUGAUUCCUGUUUACUACAUGUUGGACAACUUGGGCAGGAUCAUGACCAUUGCGAUUGCUUAUGGGAUUGUGUUGUCGGUGUUGAUUUACUUGGUUAGUUUGUACAAAUUGCAUGAUUACCAGCGCAUGACUGGUAACCACAUCUACGACAUGUUUCUUGGUGCUCCGUUGAACCCCAGAAUCGGCAAGUAUUUGGACUUGAAGAUGUUUUUCGAAGUGCGGAUUCCCUGGUUCAUCUUGUUCUUUUUGAGCUUGGGGUUGUGCUUUAAGCAGUACGAGCGUUAUGGCUACGUGACUCCCCAGGCGUUGUUCUUGUUAUACGCGCAUUGGCUAUACGCCAAUGCCUGCGCCAAAGGGGAGGAGUUGAUUGUGCCGACCUGGGACAUGGCCUAUGAAAAGUUUGGAUUCAUGUUGUUGUUUUGGAACAUUGCCGGUGUGCCCUUUACCUAUUGCCAAUGCAUCUUGUUCCUUGCCUAUCAUGACCCGCUGGAGUACAACUGGUCUACCCCUUACAUGGCGUUUUUGUUUGUCACCAUUACUACGGCGUACUAUUUUUUCGACACGGGUAACCGUCAAAAGAACAGUUUCAGAAGAACCAUGGCCGGUAUUACGGGUAUCCGCAAGACAUUCCCAUAUUUGCCAUACUCGGAUUUGGUCAAUCCCAAGUAUAUCAAGUGCGAGAAUGGCUCGGUGUUGUUGACCGAUGGCUGGUAUGUCUACGCGAGAAAGAUGCACUACACGGCCGAUUACAUUCAAACAUUGACCUGGGCGUUGGUAUGUGGAACCCAAUCGUUACUUCCCUGGUUUUUCCCCUUGUUUUUCUUUAUCGUGUUGGUCCACAGAGCAUAUAGAGACCAAAGAAAAUGCGAGAGGAAAUACGGCAAGGACUGGGAUAGGUAUUUGAAAGCUUGCCCUUACAUGUUUAUUCCAUACGUGUGGUAG